CCAUUUAAUGUGAUUCGCCGUUCAAUGUUGAGAUGGAGCCAGGCAACGAGGCCUAAUGUCCCGGCAACUUUAACGGAACUGGCAGACAUAUUUCGAACAGGUGUGGUCGAAGCCAAUGGACUUACUGCGGUGGUUUUUGGCAAUAGAGAAUUUAUAGGAAACUUCAUUGACUCCCAACACACAUUCAUUGAUGGAACCUUCAAGGCAGUACCGAGAAGACCUAACUUUUGUCAAAUCUUGACCAUAUUUGCCACUUGCAUGGAUCAUGCUUUUCCAGUUGCACAUAUUUUCAUGGAGAGAAGAACGAAAAUCUUGUAUGAUGCUGCUUUUGCCUACCUGCGUGAGAACUUCCCACAAUUUGUCAAUAUUAACGUUGUGACGGACUAUGAGGUGGCUUUGGUGGAAUCACUGAGGAACAACUUUCCCAAUGCCUCAUUGCAUGGUUGUUUUUUCCAUUAUUGUCAGGCGGUAUUACGAAAAGCCAGGACUUUAGGGAUUACACGGCAGAUCGAGGGACGACCUAAUGGAAGAGUCUUAUUGAAGAAAUACUAUUGUUUGGCGCUUCUACCUGCGGAGAUGAUUGAACCGACAUUAGUUUCCUUGCAGCACGAUUUGGACUUUGGCGCUGUAUUUAGAGAACUCAAUGAGUAUAUCAGGAGGCAAUGGAUAGAACGCGUUACAGCUCAGCAUUUCAGUGUAUUCAGGCAACGACAUAGGACCAACAAUGUGAUGGAAUCAUACCACAGAAGACUGAACAGUAAAUUGAGUAGACAUCCUGGCGUGUGGGAUUUGAUAGAGACGCUUAUUGAUAUCCAGAACACUGCUUCCAUCGAGCUGACUCAGCUGGAACAACACCCCAAUGUUUACAGGAUUGCAAGAAAGAAUGUGGUAUUUGAUGCUCGACUUAAUCAAGCUUGGGACAAGUUAUCGGAUGGUCGCUUCACCGUGGGAGAUUUCCUAAGACAAGCAGUCCAUUUUGUGGAUGGCAUAGAUGGACAACUACAUCAGUGGAACCAGGAAGUACCGGCCGAAGAAGAAGAAGAAGCUGUCGUCGUUCCACUAGACCAUCUUCAUCGUUUAUUAAUGCCAGCUCCUAUUGCUCAACCACCAAGAAAUGUUCCUAUUUUACUCCAUCAGCAACGUCCUCUUCUUCUGGAACCUCCUCCGCUCAUUCCACUUCCUCGUGCACGCAUGCCUUUACCUCCAUUAGUUCCUAUUCCCAUUUUGCCACUUGUCCGUCCAUUGUCACCUCCUCCCCUUGUCCCAAUCCUUCAGAAUUUGCCGCCGCCGCCCCAAAUCUUAGAACUACAACCCCCGAGAUCUCCUCCUCCUGAUUCACCUUCUCCCGGUUUUUCUGAUUCACCUCCUCCUCCUGGUUUGCCUGCUUCUCCUCCUCCUGGUUUUCCUGCUUCUCCUCCUCCUCCUGAACCCAUGUUCAAUGUCCCACCCAUCCCUGAAGGAAUCUUAGGAUUGUUCGGCCAGCUAGAAAACGAUGAAGAGUUACCAGUUAGAGCUCCAGUUAACCGCUGGGAAUCGAAAAUUCAAAUAGUGCCAUUUAACGAGGACACCAUGCCACCCAUGCUGAACUGUAAUGUCUGCCUUCUAAACGUGGUACAGUAUGUAAUGCCGGACUGUGGUCAUCUGUUUUGUUCCACAUGCUCAUCCAUUAUAUACAACACUGAGGCAGCUCGGUGUGCAAUAUGUCGAGCGGAACUAAACCGAUCACCUAUUCCUUUUUUUUUUAAUUGAAAUUAAUUUGAUAUUUUUCAGGUUUUAUAAUAUUUUUCUAGUAUUAGUAGUAUUUCUAUUUUGCAGCAUUUUCUAUAUUCCUUUUCUAUACACCUUUAUUUUAAUUAAUUUUUGAUUUCCUAGUUUACCUUUCCUUUCCCCGGCAAAAAUCCAUAUUUUUGUUUCACUUCUUCAUCAAUAUUGCAGGGGUAAAACAAAGUAUGGAAAGUCUACACCUUCUCGUUGGUUUUGCUGAACUAUAAAAUGUUUUGUAUUUGUUACCAAACAACAUAUUUUAUUGACUAAGUAGACUUCCUUUUAUUUUUACAAAUUACAUUAGUAAUUAACAGUUCCGAAAUGCAAGUUUUAGUUUAAGUGGAAUAUAUUCAAAUACUUGUAUACAUAACAAUAAUGUUUAGUGCAGAAGUCUGAUAGGUACACUGCAAUAGUUUCUUUCUUAUGUUACUUCAAACAAUUUUGAAUAGCUA